AUUGAAGCACAAGAUAACCAAGUUGAAUGCGAGGCAUAUAUAUACAUGUAGAAACCAUCUAGGAUCAUAACAGAACCAGCAAAAAUGUCACAAGUUACAGUGUUAGGAGCUUGGCCUAGUCCAUAUGUUUACAGGGUUAUCUGGGCACUUAAACUCAAGGGUGUAGACUACGAGUAUGUUGAAGAGGAUGUGUUACACAACAAGAGUGAUCGUCUUCUGAAGUACAACCCAGUCCAUAAGAAGGUUCCGGUUCUUGUUCAUGCCGGAAAACCAAUCGCAGAGUCUGCUGUAAUACUUGAGUACAUCGAAGAGACAUGGCCGCAGAACCCCUUGCUUCCUAAAGACCCUCAUCAACGAGCUUUGGCCCGGUUCUGGAUAAAGUUCGGAGAGGACAAGUUAGGAGCCCUGUUUGGAUUUUUCAUGACUGAGGGAGAACAGCAAGUGAAAGCAACAAAAGAAAGGCAAGAGCAGCUGAGAAUCUUGGAAGAGCAGGGCCUCGGAGACAAGAAGUUUUUCGGUGGUGACGAGAUUGGAAUGGCUGAUUUGGAAUUCGGGUGGCUAGCUUGGUGGAUGGAUGUCAUUAGUGAACUAGCUGGGGUUAAGGGGAUUGAAGCCGAAACCUUCCCUCGCUUGCAUGCCUGGAUUCAACGGUUCAAGGACAUCCCCACAAUCAAAGAGCCCCUUCCUGAUCGCAGUGCAAUGUUGACCUAUUUCAAAGGUCGAAGAGCAAUAUUUCUUGCUUCUGCAAAACCUUAAACUAUAGCUAGCUACAACCUCCUUCUGUUGAUCGAGCUUUCUACUUUUCGAACAAUAAUAUUAGCUAUUAAUUAAGCUGAUGUACGCUUGUAUCUGUAAUCUUCCUAUCCAACUAUAACUCUAAGAACUUGCUUGAAUAAAACACUUUUUUUGAUCGA